CCGAAUCACACGGACUUCAAAACAGAAAACACUUAUUGGUCUAGUCGACGAUAGAGUGGUACGACUCGGCUGUUCGCCUGCCUAAUGCAGCCCUGUAGCCCUUGUUCUCGUCUCGUCUUGCUUACUUCCAUUUGGUUAACACUACGUGAGCCUCGAGGCAACGGUGGUUAAAUAAAUUCUUGCAAGGGGUGCUUGGAUAGGAAGCUCGUCUCCACCUUACUACCACAACUCCGUGGCAACAAUUAUGAUGAGCGCUGAAACUACUGAUCCAACCUCUCAAUCAAACUAUCGUCAGAUCAGCACAAAGCACUUCUCACUCGAUUGGUCGAUUGACUUCCUCGAGAAGGUGAUCAAGGGCUCUAUCACACACGAACUUACCGUGCACACGAGCGACUUGAAGGAGGUUAUCUUUGAUACAUGGGAUGUCGUGAUCAAGCGCGUGUACGUCGAGGGCGAGUCUAGCAAUGCUCAGUACUCCUUGGGAGAAAAGCAUGAAGUCAUGGGCUCUGCGCUGUAUAUUCUGCUUCCUGCCGGUCUGCAGCCAGGAUCGUCGGUGAAAGUGACGAUCGAGUAUAACACAACGGAGCCAGGAUGCAAGGCAUUGCAGUGGCUCGACAAAGCACAAACGCAUGGCAAGACCCAUCCUUACCUGUUCAGUCAGUGCCAGCCGAUUUAUGCAAGAGGUCUUUUCCCAUGUCAAGACACUCCAUCCGUGAAAGCCACAUAUGAAGCGAAGAUCUCGUCUGUGCUUCCUGCGCUGAUGUCUGCUAUUCGAGUGUCCCCGCCUGCGGAAGGGCCUGUACACGAUGGGAAGAUUGUCGGGCAGGACGAAGUCACCUACGUUUACAACCAGCCGGUGCCAAUACCAUCUUACUUGAUUGCAAUCGCGUCAGGAAAUCUUUGCUAUCGUGCAUUCGAAAAGCUUGAAGGAAAAGACUGGACGAGCGGAGUGUGGGCCGAACCUGACAUGAUUAAUGAUGCUUGGUGGGAAUUCAAGGAAGACACGACAAGGUUUUUGGCUGCAGAGGAGGAACUCGUUGGCAUGUCGUAUAAAUUUGGCGUGUAUGACCUCCUGGUUUUGCCUCCGGCAUUUCCUUAUGGCGGCAUGGAAAAUGCAUGUUUGACAUUUGUCACGCCAACUUUGUUAACUGGUGACAGGACACUGGUGGACGUCGUCGUCCACGAGAUCACGCACUCCUACUUUGGGAAUGGUAUAACACACGCAGACGCUUCGCACUUUUGGCUCAACGAAGGUUGGACGACAUACAUUGAGCGCCUCCUCCAGCAGAUAUUGCAUUCCCCUGCUCACCGGGGAUUCUCUUUCUUGACCGGUGCGAAGGACCUUUACGACGACCUCAAGUUUUAUGAGCUGCGCAACAAGAAGUAUCAGAAAUUGCGGAUUGAGUUUGAGAAGGGCGAAAACCCCGACGACGCCUAUAGCUCAGUACCAUACGACAAAGGCGCUAAUUUCCUCCUUCACAUUGAACGGACGUUAGGUGGUUUAGACGUGUUCCUCCCAUAUAUGAAAGAUUAUGUCAAGACAUUUAUGGGUAAAAGCAUCACCACAGACAUGUGGAAGGAUCAUCUUUUUGCCUACUACACGCAGUUUGGUGGGGGCGACGAGCUUGAAGCGCUCAAAAGCAUUGAUUGGGAUGCUUGGCUUUUUGGAACGGGUGUCACCCUUCCUGUGCCCAUGGAAUAUGACAUGACCCUCGCACAACAGUCCUACAAGCUUGCUGAGAGGUGGAGCAAGACCAAAGAUACAUCUGAGUUCAGCGCCACCGAUAUCAAUGGGAUGGAUGCCAACCAGAUCGGCGCUUUCCUUGAACGACUACAGUCCUUCGACCCAUUGCCAGUGGCGCAUAUCGAUGACCUUGGUAACCUCUACGGGCUAGAUAAUUCGCCCAAUGCGGAGCUUCGCCUGAGGUUUUACCAAGUAGCUUUACUUGAUCACAAGUCAGCCAAGUCAGAGCAAUAUGCUACAGCGGCUUUGGGCUGGAUUGUUGGGGAAGAGGAUGGCAUGGUGAAGGGUCGGAUGAAGUUCUGUCGGCCAAUAUUCAGGGCGGUGUUUGCUGUCAACGAAGCGAUGGCACAGGACAAGUAUCAAGAACACAAGAGUUCAUUCCACCCCAUUGCCCGUGAUCUUAUUGAGCAGGUGAGAGAUGCCUAGGUUCCUCCCCGAUGAAACUAAUACCGGCGCAGGACAUCGAGUUAACCAAGGGUCACGGGUCUAAUGUGUAACAAGACAGUUAUCUAUCAAAUUGUAUCUAGGGCAAAAUCGAUGUUAUUUGAAAUCGCCCCACA